GUGAGUUCCACCCUCACAGUUGUUCCCUACGCCUCUCCGCGAGUGUUCCUGCUAGCCCCACUCGCGCUAUUUUCACGUGAAAAUAUUCCGACUAAUUUCUAAAAUUGAUAGCGCAUGGGAGGGGAAAAAAGAUUUGUGAAGGGAAAAAACCCGGUUCGUUAUCUGUUGGCAGAAGGUGUUGAAAAUUAGAGAUAAACAUGUAUGUACACGCGGUGAACGAAGCUGAUUGGUUAAGGCUCUGGCCUAUAACUCAUCCGCCCAGCCAAUGACAGGACGUUUCAGAGGUUUGGCGGGAAACAGUCAGCGCUCUUCGGCCGUCAUGGCCUCUGAACCUGAAGGCGCUUGCUGCCCCAGACACUAAGAGAAGAUUGACCACUGGAACUGGAUAUGGUGGCCAUGAGUCUUGAUGAGUUGCAAGUGUUGCAGAGGCCGUGAGAUCACACUGGAAGCAGCUGCUCUACAGGUCCAGAGUAGCUCUUGCAGAGACCAUUGCUACCUGCCAGUGUUGUUGAGGCUACAGGUAACCUACACAACAGUUCUAACUGGUAAUUACGGACUUGGUCAAACAGCCUAACUACCUGUGAAGAAACUAGCAGCUAUUUAAGCAGGACUUAAUUAAAUCUGAACAGAAAACUCUUAGCAAAAUAUAUUAAAGUGGCUUUAAGAUUCUUGACAAGAACAUUUAGCCAUUUCUAUGCAUCUCUAAAGAUACACUUACUCGUUGAACAAGAGAACACUGAACAAGUUGAACACUGAACACUUGGGUCAGCAACCUGCCUCUUAAGUGUCUCCCAGGACACUGAUCUAAGAGGCCAAGAAUGAAUUAGAGGCUAGAGCACCCAGUGUCUUCCUGAAGCAGCCACUACUCGCCCCAAGCUACUGCUGUUGGUUCCUAAGUGACCAAACUAGACUAUGGCCCUCAAGUCCCUUAUUCUAUGCUUACUUCUAAGUCUACUCUUCUCCGACCUCGUGUGUGCGCUCUGGUGGU